AUGAUGGUUUAUCCUGGUGAAACCCCAAUCCAUCAUCCUCACAACAAUAAUAAUGGACGAAAAACACAAGAAACAGUGUUUGUAAUCAAUAGGAAUAAUCAAAUAGUACCUGAAUCAUCUUUCGCUGAUACAUUAUCAUCAGAACCUUCAUCAUAUACUGUAAGUGAUCUUCAACGAAGCCUUGAAUCAAAUACUGGAGAUAUUAUUGGAAGAACAACUCCUGAUGAAAAUGAAAAAAUUAUUCAAAAUAUUCUUCACAUUAUACAAAAACCUGAACGACGAACAUUUUGA